AUGAUACAGGUUAAAUAUUGCAUUGCGGUUCAUUAUAAUGAGGUUUUUGCCAAGGUUCAUAACUUUUAUAACAUAUGGCGGCCAGGGUGGGAUUCGAACCCACGCUCCCGCAUAUCGACACCUUACAAACCAGGCACCAAUCUGAUCAGGGUGGACGUGCGGGACCUGCCACCAAACGGGGACCAACCGUUCGGCUACCUGGCCUAA